AUGGCUCCCUUGACCAGCUCGGCACCGCCCCCGGCGCUGCUGCUGCUCCCGUCGCCCCCGUCGCCGAGUAGCCGGCUCACGCUCAACAGCAGCUACCACGCGCCCCUCUCCGCCGUCCUCGCCACGCUCGCCGCGCAGUCCCGGCAGACGCGGCAGCCCAUCCUGCUCCUCGUCGCCGUCGCCGCGCCGAUCCUGAGCCCCCCCUCCCCUGGGCGGCGAGGCGCCGCCGUGCGCUGGCACGCCGCGCAGUCGCUCCUCGCCGGCGUCUACUCCAUCGUCGCGGCCCUGUGCGCCGAGCAGGGCAUCCAGACGGACAUGGGUUCCACGGCGACCGCGACGGCGGGGAGCGUCGACGCGCGCGUCGUGCUAGUCGACCACGCGCGCGGGCGCACCUACGGCCGCAGGGGCGACGGCUCGUUCCAGACGCACAACGGCACCACGGUGCUGGACCUGGCCGGCUUCGCGACGCUGGUGACGGGGCCGUGGGAUAGAGUCUUCCAUCCGAGCAGCGAGUCCGGGUACGAGCUCCUGAAGACAUAUCUCCUCCUCGCCGAGGGCAGGCAGGUGUUUAAGCAGAGCCAGAUUGUGCCGGUGCCGGGUGGCAUCAGCAUCUCGUCACCUACCGCGACGGCGACGACGACGACGACAGAGGAGGGGGAGCAGGAUAAGAGCUACGCGACAGUCAUUCUGGGCGGCACGUUCGAUCAUCUCCACCCAGGGCACAAGCUGCUCCUCCACGGCACGGUGCUUCUCAUGCGCCUACCGGAAAAGCACACCACCUCGGCCGCCAGCAUCAGCACGCUCAUCAUCGGCGUCUCCGGGGACCCCAUGCUGCAGAACAAAAAGUUCGCCGACGAGCUCGAGCCCUGGGACACGCGCUGCCGUAGCGUCCUCGCCUUUCUCGCCAGCACCUUCAACAUCUCCCCGCCCUCCGCCGGCGCCGCUGCCGGCGCCGCGCCACCGAGUGCCUACCGCAUCGAGCACGUCGCCGAGGGUCCGUCGGGUGGCCCCGAGCUGCACGGUAUCUACGCCGACGGCGCCGUGCUGGUACGGUGCACGGUGCUCAACGACGCCUUUGGCCCGACGGUCGACGAGGAGCCCAUCGGCGCCAUCUGCGUGUCGGGCGAGACGCGCGGCGGCGGCAAGGCCGUCAACGAUAGACGAGCGGCCAAGGGUUGGCACGCACUCGACUCGUACGAGGUGGACGUGCUGGACACGCGCGGCAUCGCCGAGGCUGAUCGAGGUAGCGAGCAAGACUUUACGGCCAAGAUUAGCAGUACAGCCAUUCGGCAGCAGAGAGCCGAGGCCAAGGCAAAAGCACAGAUUUAA